UGAAUAAUAAAUUUUAAUUUCGUUGAUACUUAAUAAUAAUUGAAUCCGAACUUUGAGUAGUCGGUACAACGUCCAAUUUAUGAAUGGUAAUGAAAAAUAAUUUUAAAUGUAUAAUUAUUAUUCUACAAAAUUUAAAAGUUUUAAACCCCUCUGCUUUCUCUCUCUAAAGAGAAGUAUAUAGAGAUUUGAAGGGAUAAGGAGAGUGGUGAUGAAUAAUGACUCCUACACCUCUAAACUCAUUCUCUCUCUCAGUCUCAGCUACAAACUCAUCGCCCUCGCAUCAGAACCCGGCUGAGCCGCCGUAUGCCGCCGGCGUCGAAUCUGACUUCGUAAUUAUUCUGGCGGCUCUGCUCUGCACUGUUAUUUCCGUCGUCGGUCUCAUCUCCGUAGCUCGAUGCGCCUGGCUCCGCCGCCGAAGCCGGAACAGCGAACAACCGCCGGCGGACAGAGGCCUAAACAAAAAGGCAGUGCAGUCGCUGCCGAAGUUCACCUUCAGCUCUUCCUCCGGCGGCGGAGCGGCGGAGUGCGCCAUAUGCUUGGCGGAGUACGCCGACGGCGAUGAGGUUAGGGUUCUACCGCAGUGCGGCCAUGGAUUCCACAUAGAGUGCGUCGACACGUGGUUGAGAUCGCACUCGUCUUGCCCGUCGUGCCGACAGAUUUUGCUGGUCUCUAGAUGCCAUAAAUGCGCCGACGAAACUGAGCUAGGCAAUUGCUAAUUCAGAUUUUUAGGAGGAUAAGUUGAGAGAAGAAUAUCGCGGCUAGCGGUGGCGGAAAUCGAUUGACGGUGGCGGAAUUGUGGGGUUGAUCGAUAGGUGAUGGGAGUUGUACAGUUGUGUUUGUUAUAUUAAUAUAUAAGUACAUUAAUUAGAUAUUUAAUUAAGUAUAUAUUUAGAAAUAGUUUUUACGUUUUAAAUUAAAUGAUUAUGGCGUGUCUUUUGUCUGAAUGGAGUCUCAGUCUUUGAGAUGUUUACGAGGACUUCUGUAAUCGUUUAACAUGUUUACUUUGCAUAGUUCGCACAAUACAAUGCAUGAUUAAAUAUUUUUAUAUUUAA